GUCUUAGUGAAACGUAGUUUCCUUAAAGAUUUGGAGCAACAUUAUUACUGUCCGACUAUGUAUCGUUUCUAUUAAUGUAACUUGAAGUUUAUUUCUUAUUUGGAAGAAGAUUUGACAGCUCUAUAUUUUAUAGAGAAAUCGAAAGUAGUUGCUGACAUCGUCUUUCAGGUGACAGGAUUUAAAGAAAUGAAUUCAAAGGAUGAGCAUGAGUACUUCAUCAUCAUUGCUAAACCGCCUCCACCAAAUGGAUAUCUAAGUCCUGGUCAAAUAUGUUUUAUACAUAAGAAACGGUAUGAGGACAGACAGAAAAGAAACAACAACAAAAUAUUGCCUGUAACAUGUAUAGGCAAAUUCUAUGAAAAUGAACUUGAAGCUGGGAUUUUGCAAAAACUGACACGAAGAUCAGCAGAAUUACUGUUGGCACUUGAAUCCAAUGAGGAGCGCAUAUUGGCACUAGCCAAUAAUGAAGAGUUGGAGAGGUCUUUACAUCUGUUAGAGGGCAGUCCAGUUUUUGUGGAAUUGUCUAACAAAUGGCUUACAGGUGUAAUUCGAUACAUUGGCAAAAUCUCAUCGACUAUAAAUAAAAGCUGUGAGCCAAUAGCGGGAGUCUUCUUUGGGGUAGAACUACAGGGUGAAGAUAAAGGAAAGGGCCAGAAUGAUGGCUCCUUCCUCGGCAAAACAUACUUCACAUGCCCCAGAUACUCAGGCAUUUUUGCCCCCUUUACCCGAGUCAAACCAAUGGAUACUGGCAAUUCCAUGUCACACAAGACACCUGCUGAGCCUCUUGAGAUUGAAGACAGAGUGGCUUUUUUUGAUGAAAGUGAACAUCUUCACCAUGGCAUGGUUAUGGACAUAGUGGACAAGGAAGGCGUCAAAUGGGUUGUAAUAUCCACCGAUAGAGAUGAAGAUGGGAAGGAAGGGGGAGUCAAAACAGUCCGAUUGGAAUGUGUACUUAAAGAGGAGUUGUUACCUAAAGAUGAAACUGAAAAAAUGGACACUUCUCUGGGCCCAGAAACAGGAGAUGCUAUGGAUUUAACAGGAAUCACUAUUGGGUCAUUAGUGAAGGUGAAAUAUAAUAUACCCGUUUACGGAACUGUCCGCUGGAUUGGAUAUUUGCCGGAAUAUCCUGAAAAGCGUGUUGGGUUGGAACUGGAGAACAGCUGUGGAGUGAGCGAUGGAACAUUCAAAGAAAAACGUUACUUCCACUGUCCUCCUAAAUGUGGUUUAUUUGUGAAACUGUCAUCUUGUAGCCCUGAUGACCGUUUUACUGGUGCAACGGAAACAAUGUUUAACGGAAAGUUUGAUCAUGACGUGGCAGGUGCAUCUUUGGAUCAGGAAAAUGUGCCACCAAUUAGUUCAGAAGACGUGUUAAAGCGACUGACUGGUAGUAUGAAGGGCGUUCAGGGUCACUGCAACUCUUGUUAUAUGGAUUCUGCCCUGUUUAGUUUGUUUUCCUGUUCAUCAGUCCUGGAUUCUCUACUUUUUAAAUCCACAAACCAUGCAGACCAACCCAUUCAAAACACUCUUCUAAAAGAAAUUGUCAACCCUCUGCGCAGAGACGGUUUUGUACGAGAUAAGAGUGUGAUGAAGCUUCGACAGCAAUUACAGAAGCGCAGCCGUUGCCCGACUUAUACCACAGAUGAAAAGGACCCUGAGGAGUUUCUCACUCUCAUCAUGCAAGAUGUUCUCUCUCUAGACCCUCCACUCAAACUGAGUCAGUCAGGGACUAAAGGCAAAGUGCAAAGCUGUUACUACUACCAAAUCUUUAUGGAUAACGACCACGAUUUAGUACUGCCGACAGUUCAGCAGCUUCUGGAACAUUCCUUUUACAGCAACGGUCUCAAAUUAGCAGAGAUACCUGCCUGUUUGAUUCUUACAAUGCCACGCUCAGGAAAGAGCUUCAAAAUGUUUCCAAAAAUCAUUCCAUCUACAGAACUAGACAUCACUGGUCUUCUUUAUCAGGGUCCUCACCCAUGCGUGGUGUGCGGUCAGCUAGCAACUGAAGAGUGUUCUGAAUGCUUCAAGGAACCAGUUUUCAGCCAUACAGGAUUCAAAUACUUCUGCUAUAAAUGUUCUGUUCAGGUUCAUACUCAUCGACAGCGUCAAUGUCACAAACCCAGCAGCUUACAGCUUCCUCAGGGCUUCUCACCGAGUUCAGGCUCAGAUCCACGCACUCCUCCACGUGAAAAACUAGAGCUGUUCGCUGUGCUUUGUAUUGAGACGAGCCACUAUGUCUCUUUUGUCAAAUAUGGACCACAACCUACUGACUGGAUCUUCUUUGAUAGCAUGGCUGACCGUGUUGGUGAAGAAAAUGGUUACAAUGUCCCGAAAGUGUCGGCGUGUCCUGAAGUCGGCCAGUAUCUGCAUAUGCCUCUGGCUCAGCUAGCAAAUCAGGUGCCUCGGGAGAUGGAAGGAGUGGCAAAACGGCUUUUCUGUGACGGUUAUAUGUACCUAUACCAGAGCCGCAGUAUGUCUCUUUAUCGUUGAAUGAAUUCAUGCUUAAUGCACACACAUGUACAGUAAAUGAGUACUUGUAAUGUAAUUACCAGUGACUAGGUCUGCUUUGUGAAUAUGAGGUGGGCGGUAUAAUCUUAUUAAACAUAAUGGAUGAUUCAGCUGAUUUUCCUUAACAGAUUUAGAGUUAAAUAAAACUACUCAAACGUGCCUUGUAUGUAUAAAAAUGUUCAGUAUAAAAUUAAGGCACUUUUUUAAUCCAUUCUGGAUUUUUUUUAUCGGAAUUGAAAGAGUCUAUUUUGCUGUAUUUCUAUUUUUUCUAUUUAUGCUCAACACUGCACUGCAAGAAGACUUUAGCUUGCUGCUUAAUUCCUAUAUGUUUAAAAGGGAUAAAGACAUUUUUGUUUACAUUUAAAAUGAACAAGAUUGUAAAAAAAUCGAAUAGAUGCUUAAGAAAACUUCCUUUUCAAUUGUUGUUGGUUUUUGAGGACUAUUUAUUAAAUUCUGUAUCGUGCUCUCUGACAAGUGAAUAACAUUAUGAGCCAUAUGUAGGGACAGUUUCAUAAAUGAUCUGUCAUCGUGUUUUGAUUUAUUUUACUAGACAUCCAUUCAUUAUACACACACUGUCUUUUGAAAAUUGUGUUUGGCUGUUGUUCUAUUGCAUUUGAUUUAAUUCCAAUGAAAAAGAUCAAGCAAUAAAUAAAUCUGUUUUGACAGCAACAUUGAUAUGAGGAACUACA